AUGACGAAGCAGCACAAGGAAGCCGGGAGCGAUAAGCGCAAGGUCUCCCUCGGCGGUUUCUUUGCGCAGUUCAGGAAACCCCAGAAGAAGCACGAGGAUGAUGCCGAAUCUGAAGACGACCACUCUGGGAAUGAGUCGAAGCAACGGCAAGCUGCCAAACGGCCGUUCGAGGAAUUCAGCUCACCUCUCGUUCGGAAGGAAGACCAAUGCGCCAUCUAUGACGGACUGGACAGUGCUCUGGAAGAGUACAACGAUGGCGUACAGUCAUCUAUGCAAGAUCUGCUUGACCCAGUCGUAGACGAGCUUGAUGCUCGCUCGAGAGGCUUCGAUACGCACCGAAGACGAAUCAAGCGUCAAGGUAUCCCAACACAUGCCGAGAUAGAUGCGCUCGAAGCACAGAACAGUCUAAUGUCGAAGCCUAUGGACCAAGACGAUUUCGAAGUGGAAUCCACUCGAUCGAACGGCACGAAAGUCAUCGAGCGCUACAACAUGAAGCGCGUCAUCACGGCCUACAGAGACCUGCACGCUAGAAAGCGCGCCGAGAUCGAAAGUCUGGAGCUGGAGAUAUCCACUCUGGAUACGGAGCUUGAGCAGGCAUACAAGGACGUCAGCAAUGAGAAUCUCCCGACCCUCAAGCGUGCUCAGGGGCAGUGGGAGAGCAAUCAGGCAAAGUUCAAGGAAGCCUCGCAGGCGGCGAAGGACUUGUUGGCAGAGGAGUUCGAUCGCGCGAAAGCGGAGGAGAAGUCUGCUGCUGUUGAAAUGAACCGGAAGAUUUCUGCUUUCAUGAAGGAGCUGUGA